AAAAUAUAUCGACCCGAGUUCGACUCGUCAGGUUACCGACUCUCCCACCACUCCGUCAAGAAGGUUGACACUUCUUGACAAUGAAGGCCACAAAGAGAACCGGCGUUUAAUCUCUCUUCUGGCUGAUAGCAAUAGUAAAAUUACUCGAUAAACUGGAGAUCCAGAUAAGAAAUAAGAUGCCAGGCGGGGCGCUGGAGAGGGAGGAGAGGGUCUCCAUGGAGCUGACGGACGAGGUGCUUAAGAGCAUGGAAGUCGGCAUGGCCUUCCGAGAUUACAAUGGCAGAAUCAGUUCCAUGGAUUUUCACAGGACCAAUCAUCUGGUAACAGCCAGUGAUGAUGAAUCAAUUCGCCUUUAUGAUGUUCAAAAUGCCGUGUGUUUAAAGACGAUCAAUAGCAAGAAGUAUGGUGUUGAUUUGGUUUGCUUCGCUGAUAAUCCAGCAACAGUUAUCUACUCUUCAAAAAAUGGUUGGGAUGGUAAGUCGAGUUUGUGUCUGGUCUCAUCCUUUGCUUUUUGUCUCAAGGCAUUUUUUUGUACUUACAAAAAUAAUUCAGAAUCUCUGCGGCUGCUUUCUCUGAAUGAUAACAAGUACUUGCGGUACUUCAAAGGCCACCAUGACAGGGUUGUUUCUCUGUCGCUCUGUCCCCACAGGGAAUACUUCGUCUCUGGGUCUCUUGAUCGGACUGUUUUACUAUGGGAUCAAAGGACUGAGAAGGCUCAGGGCCUCUUACGUGUGCAAGGAAGACCUGCAGUUUCUUAUGAUGACCAAGGAAUGGUUUUUGCAAUUGCAUUUGGAGGCUACAUACGAAUGUUUGAUGCUCGGAAAUAUGAGAAGGGGCCGUUUGAUAUCUUUCCUGUUGGAGGAGACAAUUUAGAAGCCAAUGUAGUAAAGUUCAGCAAUGAUGGCAGGCUUAUGCUAUUGACUACUACUGACGGGCAUGUUCAUGUUCUUGAUUCUUUUCGGGGCACUGUUAUAUCCACAUACAAUGUGAAACCAGUUUCCAGCAAUGCAACAUUAGAGGCAUCUUUCAGUCCUGAUGGAAUGUAUGUUGUAUCAGGUUCUGGUGAUGGGAGCGUUUAUGCCUGGAGUGUCAGAAGCGGCAAACUUGUUCUUGCUAUCUCAUGUGAUGUCCAUCGCUCCUCGGUUUCGCCCCUGUGGGCUCCAGGAAGUCUCAUGUUCGCUACUGGAUCAUCUGAAUUGUCAUUUUGGAUCCCAGAUUUAUCGAAGUUGGGAUCCUUUGCUGGCAUGAAAUAGAAGUUUUAAUGAUGCUCAUAAUAGCUCCCAAAGGUUUAUUUGCAAUAACUAGCAUAUUUCUGGUUUAUUCGCAAUUAAGCUUUAUGUCUGUUCUUUCCAUUUGCUUUGAGCAGAUUGAAAUCAGUGGCGUAAAUGUUAAAGCACUACAGGGACGACCAACAAACCUCCACUGUGAUCAAGGAAAGCCUCCAUUCUGAUCAAGGAAGGCACUGUCGAUAAUUAAGAUGAAUUAUGCAGUCUUCCCACCCCCUUUUCCUCAUAGUCUCUGAGGAAACAAUCAGAGCAUUAUCUAUUGGCAAUGGAGAUCUCCAUUUCUCCUUCAUACCGUGAGGAUCUUAGACAAAUUUAGUGUCAUAACAUGCAUCAAGUCUAGAAUGCAAUCUCCUCUGAUUAUUUAAAAUGAGAUGAUUUAUUAAAUAUCUUAGGCUGCUCUUUUAUUUCCUAUGUGAUUGACUUGCAAGGGUGUGGUUAUCCUGGGUCUUAUCUUUGUACAGUGCAUCUAAUUUUAUUAUUUAAAUAAAUUAAGCUGUUCUCUUCUUGCUUUCCCA